AAGUCGCAGUAUUUGUUAAAGAAAUUUUUUUUUGCAAAAUGUCCAUCACACAAACAUUCGCCGUGUCGAUAUUCAUUUGUGGGGUUGCUACAGCACUACCGGCAUACCAAAUUGAUGCCGAAUCUCCUGAUGGGUUACUGGAUGGCGUUGUCAACGCCACCCUCAACACUAUAAUAGGCAACCUUCCAGAUCCUCUGAGUUUUGCCGAUAUAGUUAUCAAUUCUGAUAACGAUAUACUGAGCGGUUAUAUCAAUAUAACCAAGGUCGAAGUGGAUGGUCUGAAGGAAAUCUAUGCACCGUUAGUAGACGCCGGUUUAAGUUUGGCCGUGAAUUUGACAUUAGCUUUGCCAACCGUCGCAUUAGACGUGGAAUUCGAUGCCGACAGCACUUUUGUGAAGUUGCUACAUUUUUAUUCGCAAGAUAGUUCUGUCAGGAUUACUUUAAAUAAUGCACAAGCUUGGAUUUACGGCCAGGCUGAUCUCAGCAACGGAUUAAGCAUUAAAGAUGCCACAAUUGGAUACGACUCAGUUGAUGAUAUUACCUUCGAAUUCAAGAAUAUCCUAAACGACGAUGGACUAUCGCAACUUUUUAGUGAUAUUUUAAGCGACAAUGUGGCCCGAUUUCUUAACGAUAAUAAGGAAUUCAUUAGUAAAGUAUUGACGGACGCAUUCAGAGCCAUCACCGCUGGAGAUUCGCCCUCGCAAGUUGUGGAUAGAGUGAGUCUCUUAAUAAGCGAUCGCGAUGUAAACAAUGUACAAUAAAGUAAUUAGAAAAAAAGAUCUAGCU